CAAGCGGAUGCUAUAAAAAGGUUAUUAGGGUUUCGGACUUGCACUAUUUCAUCAGCACCCAACAUUUUUGCUGCGGGAAGAAAAAUCCAACGAAGAGAAAUGGCACGGAUCAAGGUGCACGAGCUCCGGCAGAAGAACAAGGCGGAGCUGUUGGCGCAGCUGAACGAUCUGAAGGCGGAGCUGUCGUUGCUGCGGGUGGCGAAGGUGACCGGCGGCGCUCCGAACAAGCUAUCGAAGAUCAAGGUGGUUAGACUAUCGAUUGCGCAGGUGCUGACCGUGAUUUCGCAGAAGCAGAAAUCCGCUCUGCGUGAAGUGUACAAGAAUAAGAAGUAUGUGCCGCUUGAUCUCCGCCCUAAGAAGACCAGAGCUAUCCGCCGCCGCCUCACAAAGCACCAGGCAUCUUUGAAGACGGAGAAGCAGAAGAAGAAAGACAUGUACUUCCCCUUGAGGAAAUAUGCUAUUAAAGUUUAAGUUGUUUUUGUACUGAAGGCCAAAUUUUGAAGACGAUCUAAAUCUUGUGUGCAAUCGAAUUUUUAGAUUUCUGGAUUUUUUUUCAAAGAUAUUGUGAUAUUAAGUACGAAGUUGAGUGAUGUUUGGUUAUUUUAUAUCCAUGAUUUUACUUAA